AUUGAGUGUAAAUAUUAUUUCUCUUUAUUCUGGCAAUUUUUAUGAUAAGAGGCUCGCAAUGGCAGAAGAAUUGGUUUUGUUUGAUCUCCCUAGCAAGGAUGAAGCCGGCAACAGGGCUUGGUCUGGCAACACUUGGAAAGCUCGCAUAGUUCUCAACUAUAAAAAUAUACCCUAUAGAACCCGAUGGAUAGAGUAUCCAGACCUUGCGCCAAUAUUUGCAUCAUAUGGCAUUCCUCCAAACCCUGCCUCAACAAAGGAUUUUGCUUAUACCGUUCCCGUGGUAAAAUUUCCUAAUGGCGACUACCUAAUGCAGUCAUACGCCAUUGCACAGAAGUUGGAAGAGCUAUGGCCCGAACCCUCGCUGCGUCUCGAUAGCGAUUCCUACCACAAAGCCGUGGCUGUCCUUUCCAAAAUCGACUCUGCCCUGGCCGCAGAGACGAGACCUAGGGUGCCGAAAAAUAUUCUCAACCCUGCAAGUAUCGAGUACUUUGAGCGUACGCGGAGCGAGCGAUUUGGUAUGUCCUUGACAGAUCUUUCCAAAUCUGACAAAGCAGGGGAUAAUGCCUGGGCUGCCGCCGAGCCUGGUUUGCAGGCGCUGAAGGCACUUUUGACAGAAAACAGCUCGGGGCCAUAUAUUGACGGUGACCGUGUCAGUUAUGGGGAUUUGGUACUUGCUAGCAGCUACGUGUUUAUGGAGAUGCUUGAUAAGGAUAUGAUUAAGAGGUUCUUGGGAUAUGAUGACAGCAUUCAGAAGCACUAUGAUGCGUGUAAGAAAUGGUUGGAACGGAGCACUUUUUAGUGCUUAGGUAUGCUAUUCGAGAUGAAUCGAUCAUGUCAACUC